CAUGCAGUCACCCUCCCACGCACGAGAUGCACUCUUUCCGGCGUGAUCUUCGCAUUCGGCGCAUUGCUAGCGGCCCACUGAGCUUGUUUAUUGCACAUCUCAAGUCCGCUUCAGGAAGGUCCGUGUCUCAUGUUGAGCGGUUAUUCAUGGAGAGUGGGUUGGAACUCAACUCGUAUUCGUCGAAGACUUGCGCAAAUGUGCUCAGCUUGAGAGUUCUGCUUGUGACUCUUUCGAAUAACGUUGUCAUAUAAUAGCACCAUGUAUAGGCAGAGGGGCACGUACUCCAAAAGAU